AUGUCCGAUGAUCAAUCCUCCAGGAACCAAAUCUUCUACUUUGUUGACUCCAAUUCCUCGUCCCGCGAAAAGCGGGCUCAUGUGAUGCGUCACCAUGUUCAGGAGAAACGCCGGCAGAGGAAGUCAUCCCACUCCCGGGCGGACGGCGACCGGAGGGGUAGUCGCCCUCUUCGCUACUCCCCAUGGCCUCAUAAGAGGACAGAUGUAGACAAUCAUGAUGAUUACGAAUCCAUUGCCCCUCAGGAGGUUCCCAGCGAAACUUCAAUCAACGGGCAUUCCUUGAUUCCGCUUGGUCUCCCUCCUGUGCAAUCACCACCCGAAUCGGUAGAUGGAUACCAGUCACCUUCACCUGUCACUAUGCUUGAUGCCUCGAGGAAAGAUCCAUUCAAUUCUCUUCCAGGCGUCUACUCCCGUGAUGACCAAGAGCUGGCCGACUACUGGACUAAUCGGCUAACCUACUGGUCGGGCCAAAAUAAAUACAUCAAAGACCUUGUGUUCAAGGCCGCCAUGAGCCACCCAUUGUGCUUCCAAGCAGUCAUCCUUACCUACUGCGCCCGCUGGAAAGCCCAGCUCUACAACCUGAAAGACAGCAAGGAAGCUCAGUAUCAUCUCGACAAGGCUGUAAAGGGAGUCGAAGAAGCAAGGAUUGGAUCUGCGGGAGUCGACGAAGAUAACCUAGCAUUGGCACUAAGCGGCAUGUCAUUACACGAGGAUCGGUUUGGUGACAAGCAAGUCGCUCGGAAAUACGAAGACCAGGCUGUCGAAAUCCUCCGGUCUCGAUCCGGCACGCAGAGUACGGUCGAGGUUUUCAUGCAUUACGUGCGAUACGUGAUGAUCCCGCCACCGAUGGAGAUGAGCGAAGAGGGGAAGCGCUGGCUCGUCUCUUUUCUUCAUGCAGCAGAGCAGCUGAUGCACCAGCAUAGCACACCUUCCUACUUGGAGUCUGUGCCCCAGCGACGGACUGCUUUCCAGAUGGAUAGUCCCUUGUUUCCUUUACUUUCCAGUGGGCCCCGCCCUUCGCAGGUGCCUCAGGAUUACCGCAUGUAUGUUGUGCGCAAUGCGCCCACCCAGGAGAUUACUAGAACCGCAGCCUUGAUCUACAUUACCGCGGCGUUGUGGGAUCUGGCAGCCUCGGAGAACAAAACCGGGCGGUUUCUGAACCAUCUCCACCACCUCGUGCGACUACACAACCUGGACCGGUACCCAGCCUGCGAGACCUUCAUCUGGCUGCUCCUGGAAGAAGGCUAUGGAGCAGACCUGAAGGAGUCGGAACGCGGAUGGUCCACCGGCGAGCUACUGAAGAUGCACAAGCAACUCCGACCGGACCUUCAAUUUCAAUACAACGAAAUCCUCUUCAGUCUGCUCAUGCUCCAUCCGCCAAUUCGAGGAAUUGAUGCUUUUGAGGAAGAAUUGCUUGGGCCCAUUUGA